CGUCUCCUUGAAGUCAGUGGAAUUCGUGUCAAGUAAACACGGUGUGGAUAGGGACACAGAAUACGUCCUGCGUAAGUAAGAGGCUUCUUGAUCGAUGUCAUUCUAAGAGCCAGGCCGGAAAUGUACGGUACUUCGUCUGUCGGACGCACCGAAUGCUGCCGUGUCGUUGGCUUUCGCUUGCUCCUUUUUACUGGGGGUAAUUAAAAGUGUUUCUCUGUCUUGUGAACUGAGGCUUUUCCUGCUGUUCGUAGCUUGUGAGGCAUUGCAUUCCUCUUACACGGAACAUUAAAAUAGGAAUCUCGUUUUGGCCUCCCUUUUUAACUACUGGUGCUUUAAAACGUGGGCGAUUUGUGUUAACUUGCGGUGUGGAAUGCUACCUUGCAUAGAACUAGUUGCGCAUCUUCCUUGCUGUGCAUUGUGCAAUUUUAUGUUACUUUUAUUAUGCCACUUAGUGUAUUAAACCAGCCUUGCAGGUAGGUGCAAACAUUUACUAGCUCACAAAACCUGCCUGCUCGAGUGUGUGUAGAAAAGCUUAAGUGAUGGAUUUGGCAAGCGACUCACCUGGAAGGGAUUUUCACUUGCCUCUAGGGUGGAGUAGAGAAACUUUUUUAUUUCCAUCCAGGUUAUUGUCCCUCAAAGUAACCUCUGGGGAGCGGGGCAGGGAGCAGUCAGGGCCAGAGCUGGGGUUGAUAGGACCUGUUUCCCUCUUCUGGUUUCCUUUUCCCUUGCUUCCCCCAGCACCUGGACAGGGAUGACUUUUGAAAGCAGGAGUCAAGCUGGAGCGGAGCACCUGCUGGGCCAGGAAGCGCACACAAGCUGUGAGCACAUGGGUCUGCGUUGAGAAAUGGCGCAAGCAUCUUUAUAGCCAGUAGUAUUAACAGUUUUUACUACAUUCCAUGAUUUGCUCUUUUUAAUGCCUUCUUAAAACCUUAGAAGAACAACUGUGGGCUAUGUCCCUAUACACGAAAAUAUGCAAAAUACAUAGGUAUGAAUUGUAUGUCUUGUUUAACCUGCAUGGCCACUGUUAUCUUGUGAACAAAUAUUAGAGGUAGCAAUUAAGCAAUUAUUUAAAACCUCAGCCGAGUGGCUCAUGAAACCGUCCUUCUUUUUGCUGAGCUCCAAGCUAAAAAACAUGGCACCGAAUCGAGUAAGGGAAAUGCUCGUGGUUUCUAGCAGUCUGUUCUUAAAGACUGCAGUGCUGUUCACGUCUUUCUCUUGGGCUUCUGCUUCAGGAGAUCUGUGUUUAAGCGGGUAUCUGUGUCUAAUGUCUCUGAAUAAAGAGAAGCAGUGGAGGUGAUCUUCAGCACUGGAGCUGAUGCGUUUCUGUCUGUCCACGGUGCGCUUGAUGCCUCCUGGCUGUCUUGAUCGUUGGUCCUUGGAAGUGUGGAGCUCGUGAUUCAAAACUGACUGUGGCACCAUCUUCCCCGUGCCACCGGUUGCUGGCCAUGCCCGAGGGGCCUCCCCGAGCCAGGACGUUGGGCCGCCCGCCUCUUUACCUGUGGGGAUUCUGGUCUGGGUGAGGAAAGGGGCCCUUUUGCGUGAGUUGCAGAGCUGAGGGAAUUGGCCGUCCCCGCGUGGGGCCUUCCGUUACGCUGGGGCAAAUGCACAUGGCGGUAGAAGGUUAGGAUUGCAGCCCAUUUGGGCCCGUCUGUGUCCGCUUGAAAGGUCACCUGAUAUUUUGGAAUCUGCCUUCCAGACGAAGCCUUUGAGGCAAAGGCGGGGAUUCCCGCAAAGGCAAAGCGACUGGCGUUCUCCUGGCUAGACCAGCGUGCCGUGGUUCGAGGCAGGAGCUGGCCGUAGGCGCGGGUGGCGCUCCGUGCUUCUGGCAGUGUCGCUGGCCGCCUGAGCCACGGCCCCCGGGAGGGGCGGGACCAGCUGAGCCGCUGCACAGCCAGCAAGGCCAGGGACCCCUUGAAAGUGCGGGUCACGUUCCAGCUGGGGAAACAAGUCAUCAGAUCUUGAGUGGGGGGUGGCUGAGCGGCUUCAGCGACCCUAAGCUGACAAGCUGGUGCAGCCGUUUAGCAGCUCCCUGUCCUUUAGAAGUCAACUUGCUUGGGUGUUCUCGUUCUGAUAUUUUCAACGAGCAGCUGCUGCGUGAAAUUUAAUUUUGAUUCCUGCUGCAGUUGCAAGUUCGUUGGCUCUGUAGGGAAUCCUGUUUUUGCUGAGUUUUCAAGUUUACUUAGUGAUUCAUUGCUAAACUAGUAAUCCGCUAUGGUCUCGUUAAAAAGGCUCAUUUCCUACUAAUGCAAUUCUCCAUGCUUAAUUAAAAUAACUUACUGUUUAUUGUUUUUCUGUUCAAUGCACAAUUUUUGUUGUCAAGGAACAGUCUUGACAGCAGCUUUGAGAUCUUGAUGUGUGAUGCACUUUGAUGAAAGGGAGAAUCGGGGGAGUGCUUUGACUGCGGGGCAGUCUAGAAAUACAAUCACAACAGCAAUAGUAAUGUCGGUAGGGAGGCGUGCAUAGACCUUGCGGUCCUGGUGCUGGCCCAGGGAUCGUUCUGGAUGGGCACUGCUCUCUUCCCCAACCGGGUGCCCGGCCGGUAUUUGCUGCUUCCGCUUCCAGCAGCCCCAGAUGUCUUCUGAGCAGACGGACGUUGUCCUGGGCUGCGGAGGCCUGUGUAGGGUGGUGCCUGGUCUGUGAUUCCUUUGUCGUGCAUCCUGCGCCUGUGACUGGGAGGAAUGUCCUACAUUUGUUGUGUAGAUAAGCCCUUAAAGAGGAGCUGUCAACACUUCUGGGAGGGGAGGAAACCACUUCCGUAGAACCGGCUCGAGCGAGAGACGCAGAGCAGUGUCAUGUCGCCUGCGUGUGCCGUUCUCGCCUGGCACUUUUAUGAAAGGUGUUAUCUGUGUCCGCAUUCUAUUUAUAGAUGGUUUAAAGGGGGGAACUUUUUAUUUUGCAGCUUCUGUUUUCUUUCCGUGGGUCUAGAACAAAGCAAUUAAUUGCCUGUAACAGAACCGAGGACAUCGCUGUUGUUUUUUCUUUCUUUUUUAGGCCAGCGUUUCCAGUUUCUUUGGUCGCUUUGACUAGAGGAGGAAAUGACUUUACCAGGACUCACACCAAGCUGGUCACGGUGUCAUCCUAUCACAGGGACUUACAGCACAGAAAAAACUGUGGCCCAUCUCUAAGGGCCUUUUUCUCAGGAGGGAGCUGGCUUGGCUAGGAGAAGGUAAACAUGACCUCGAUUAGGCGGCAGAUGAAGAACAUUGUGAACAAUUACUCCGAGGCGGAAAUAAAAGUUCGGGAGGCGACCUCAAACGACCCAUGGGGUCCUUCCAGCUCCUUGAUGACUGAAAUCGCGGAUCUGACCUACAACGUCGUGGCCUUUUCUGAAAUCAUGAGCAUGAUCUGGAAGCGGCUGAACGACCACGGCAAGAACUGGAGACACGUCUACAAGGCACUCACCCUCUUGGAUUACCUGAUCAAGACCGGCUCGGAGAGGGUGGCUCAGCAGUGCAAAGAGAACAUCUUUGCCAUCCAGACCCUGAAGGAUUUCCAGUACAUCGACCGGGACGGGAAGGACCAGGGCAUCAACGUGCGGGAGAAGUCCAAGCAGCUGGUGUCCCUUCUGAAAGACGAUGACCGGCUCAAGGCAGAGCGGGCCCAGGCCUUGAAGACCAAAGAGCGCAUGGCACAGGUAGCCACCGGCGUCGGCAGCAACCAGAUCACCUUCGGCAGGGGCUCCAGCCAACCCAACCUGUCCACCAGCUACUCGGAGCAAGAGUAUGGCAAAUCCGGAGGCUCUCCGGCGUCUUACCACGGGUCCACGUCGCCUCGCGUGUCCUCGGAGCUGGAGCAGGCGCGGCCCCAGACGAGUGGGGAGGAGGAGCUCCAGCUGCAGCUGGCCCUGGCGAUGAGCAGAGAAGUCGCGCAGCAGGAAGAGCGUCUUCGUCGUGGUGAUGAUUUGAGGUUGCAGAUGGCUUUGGAAGAGAGUCGCAGAGAUACAGUCAAAAUCCCCAAAAAGAAGGAGCAGCACCCCACCCUGCUGGACCUCAUGGACGCCCUGCCCGCCGCGGCGCCCGCUUCCCAGAAGGCAGAGCCCUGGGGGCCACCGGGCGCGGCGAACCAAGCGGACCCCUGGGGAGGCCCCGCCGCCAGCAGUCCCACCGCGGAUCCGUGGCAGUCGUUUGGUGCCAAGCCAGCCGCCUCCGUCGAUCCGUGGGGAGCCCCAGCAGCGUCGGCGGCCGCCCAGCCCCUCCCGAAGAACACGGACCCCUGGGCCCCCCCGCAGCCCCCCUCUGCCGUGGCAAAGGCUGCCGUGGACCCCUGGGGAUCAGUGCCCGCCGGCAAGCCCAUUUCCGCCUCGGGCAGCAAGUCUUUUGACCUCUUCAGCAAUUUGAACGGGACGAUUAAAGAUGACUUCUCUGAGUUUGACAGCCUUCGAACAUCUAAGAAGGAAGAUUCGGGUUCCACGUUGUCAGCCCAGAACAGCGGUACGACCAGCCCUGACCUCUUCGAGUCGCUGCCUGCCGGCUCGGCCUCGGGCAAGCAGAGCGUGUCCCGGAAGACCCCCGAGUCCUUCCUGGGCCCCAACGCCGCCCUGGUGAACCUGGACUCGUUGGUCUCUAAGCCGCCUCAGCCAGCACCUUCGCUGAACCCUUUCUUAACUCAAGGAACGGCCGUCGCCUCCGCCGCUGCUCCGGUCAACCCCUUCCAAGUGAACCAGCCGCAGCCCCUCACCCUCAACCAGAUGCGGUCGAGCCCGGUGCUGGGUGGCAGCGCGUCCUUCGGCACGGGGCCGGCGGUGGCCGUGGAGCCCCUCGCGCUGCCCUCCGUCGCGCCGGCGGCGGUGGCCGUGGCGCCCGUGCCGGCCCUGGGCCCGGCGGCCCCGCUGAGCAGGAUGGGCCCGGGGGUGAGCGUGGGCCUCGUGGGGGCCGUGGCGCCGCCCCUCCACAGUGCCGCGAUGGCCCCCCCGGCCUCCCAGCCCGCAAACACGACUAACCCUUUCCUCCUGUAAGGGCCCGCGGUGUGGAGCCGGGCUCGCGGGACGCCCGGCGGGACUGAGCGCACCGCCCGAGGCUGGCUUGGGCCGGACCGCGUGCGCGAGAGCCCCGGGGAGCCGGCACGCGGCUCACGGCUGCGUUCCCGGCGGGCCCCUCUCGCCGCCCCCCCUUGAUCGAAGCCUCGCACCCGCUGCAGACGGUACGCCUCCCCUCUGCCUCGCGGGAGCCUCGCGUGACGCACACGGUCCCAGUGGCCAAAGGCGGAGGCCCUGCUCUCCUCCCUCUCCGUUUGGCCACUAUUUCACUUCUCGUGGGAAGGAGCUGCCCUUCAAAGAGCCCUCUUUGGGUAUAUUUUGUAGACAGUAAACCGGACCCUGCGUGGCUGUGACCCGUGUCUGUCAGAACUCCGUUCUCGUACUGCAAAGAUCUGAGACGCAAGCGUGCCCGUAAGCACGCGCUCUUUAGACUGUUGGUUUCACCCAUAGUCCUUAUAAACUGAAGAAGAGGAAGGCGAGGGAACCGGGGAGCCCAGAAGUUAUAAAUAUUUUCCUUGCAUAACUAAGAUGUAGCGCAAAACUGUCCCCUUUUUUCUGGGGUUGGGUGGAGAUGGCUGGCGCCAGCGGCAGAGGAAGCUCUCCUCCGGUCGUGGAAUCCCGUGAGUGUGCCGUUCGUAUGCAGUGUUGGCUUUCUAUCCUUCCAAGGACUCGUCAAGGACUUCUGUCUGAGUGGCUGGCAUGCAACACUUGGUGUUCAGGAGUGUUUUGCUCUGUGCUUGUCCGAUAGUGGCUUCAUUUGGAAAUUACUGUGUGUGUGUGUUGUUUCCAUUCGACUUGCGAUGCAAGUUAAAAGCGGGGAGGAGGGGGAGGAGGGGGGCGGUGGGCUGCUUGGCUUCAGCUUCGCUGGGGCAAGCUAGGGAGCUAAUCUGGGAUGGCCGUCGCCAUUAUUAUGCAGUUGUUAUUAUACAGUUAUCCUUGUAAACUUUUGCACUUUUAAAAAAGCAACUAGUACCAUUUUGGAUUUGAGUUGGCAAGAUGGGUGCUCCGUUUCACUCGUGCGCAUUUUUAUAAUGCCCUUAUUUAACAGUCUGUAGCUUCAAUAGACUUACCAGGUCUAGCUGAAAAAUUAAGAUACUGUCAUUUUUAAUGAUUUAAUGCCCUCGUAUUUAUAUAUAAAUAUUUUAGCUCUUGGUUUCCAUAAAGAGAGUUUAAAAGGGAAUAUUGCCAGACAUUUUCCUGUUGAACAAAGAGUUUGUAAUGCAAACUGAAACACGCCUGUGGCAUAUGUUUUGAGUGGAAUAUGAAUGUAAGAUGACAUUUAAAAGGAAAACACUACAGUUGCCUUUCCCCCUCCCUGUGUUCUGAUCACGUCUCCCCCACGUGGAGCAGAAAGCCUCGUGGGAAGCCUUUUAUAGUGGAAGAUCAUGAAAAAAGAGAUCACUUCUCUCUUGUAAUACUUUGGGAAACUUUUAAAGAAACACACUGCUGUAUGAAUGUUAAUUUUAAUCAACUAAAUUCUAACUAAAGAUGAACUCCAUGUUAAUAACCGGCUCUGUUUACAGUCUUCAUUGCGAAGUCUUCAGUCUUCAGACUCGCUUUCUCAUCAGGCCACCCUCAGGUUUAAGUCAUGAGUUCUUGCUUGAAAACCCAUGUUCCUUCAACAGGGCAACUGUAAAAUGAACCUGACUUCCAGGUGCGUCACCCCCCCUGCGCGCACAGACGCACUCGUGCAGAGUUGAGUGGCUUCAUCUCAGUUCGCUGUCCAGUGGCUUCCUCCGAUUUAUACUUCAAAAAGCAAGAGCAGUUUUGGGAUGGCGGCUCUGGUGUCCGACCAGCAUGCGGAGAAGCCUCGGUUGCUCGCUUUCCACCGGCCGUCGCUGGUCAGCUGUGCCGUCUUCGUCGCCGCAGAAAUGCCAGUGGCGGUGCUGGAAAUCGUGCGGCGAGAGAAGACGAAACAGCUGCUUUCCAGAUGCGCUGUGGCAAAGGUCCUGCAGGGACGGUCAACCAACCGCAUGUGGCUUCCCUCGUCCAGGAGCGUUGGGCUUGUCCUCCUAAGGGGCCACAAGAAAAGACCCCUCUUUCCGAGGAGAAAAAGGAGGUUUUCGUGACCCCGGAUCGUUUGCGGUUCCCUAACCUCUGGGAAAUUCUGCAGCAAACCAGGCCAGGCCAAGUACCAUGUUUUAGCUAGGGCUGGUGUAUCUCCCUCCAGGUGACUCUGUGUGUGUGUGUGUGUGUGUGUGUGUGUGUGUGUGUGUGUGUGUCUAAAUUCAGAGCAUCAGGCACAGGUCCGGCUCUGCAAAGGACCCUGCAUCACCGAGUUGGCCGUCACAGCCCAAGAUUCCUGCUCUCCUUUAAAUCAACAUGAGAUGCAGAAUAACAACGUCCGUUUUUCAUCCUUUCCCUCCUCCCCCACCACUCCCUAAGGGAGAGGUUUUCAAACUCAACAUGGUUUUGCAAUUUUUUAUUUUAAGCCCGUGCAAAAGGUGAUGUUAAUAGCAUUUUGUUAAUUAGAAAGUGACGCACAGGGAGGGACGAACAGACCGUGCUUCUCGGAGGAUUUGUGUUGAGGAAAAGUCCCAGCGUGGUGCAGAGCCAGGGUGUCGGAUUGGGGCCUAGGAGAUCCAGGUUCCAGUCCCUGCUCAGCUGGUGGAGCUUCCUGGGUGACUUGGGGCCAGUUGCUCGCUCUUGGCCUAGCCUACCUCGCAGGGUUGUUUUUGUGAGGAUGACUGGAGCUAGGUGAGCUGGCGUGGGUUCCUCGAGGCCAGAUGCCAGGUUGUAAACGCAAUGCAAAAAGCGUAGGCCAAGCCCGGCGUAAAAGCGGCCUCUGUGAUGAAUGGGUGUGAACCCUGGCUGCCUUAACUUCCGUUUCUGUCCGUGGGCCUCUAGGAGCAUCCGGGAGCCCCCUGCCCAACUCCUCCCAUCCUGGAGGGCUCGGAAGGCCCACAGUUCGGCUGUCCGCCCUGCUGGGGAAGGGCCGUUUUGGAACCGAAGUCGGUCCGAAGGUGCUUAGGUGCUGCUCCAUGCGCGCAAUCCCGUUGGCGGCCGGUCUUGAUGCAGGCGCUGCGCGUUUGCAGCUGCUCCCGCUUCCCUCCUCAGAGCCACCCAACUGGUCUAACUGGGAGGGGCUGGCUAGAGCAAGCAGGCAGCUGGAUCCUCAGAACCUCCAGCCUGGGCUCGGAAAAGGCCCUGCCUGAAGCCCUGGGAGGCCGUUGCUGCCAGUCCGUGUCAGCAGCGCUGGGCUGGAUGGGGCCCUGGCCUGGCUUAGCGUGAGCUGCUGGGCUGCGUGGCUGCGGCAGUUCCUGCCUCACUGGGAUCUGAAUUUGGCCAGUGGUGCAUUUAAGCCACGGAUGUUAAAUCCUGAUUGUAAAACCACCCGUGUUGCAGUAGGGAAAGCUGGGUAUUACAGGGUAGUUUUCCUGUCCAGAUAUUCAUAGAAUUAUGCCCUAAAUUGUCCAUCAAACUUUAAAAGCAAGUAGUGUUUGUCCCCUCUGAUUUGUAUUCCGAGCAGAAACACGUUUACAGCACUCGGUGAAGUUCUGCACCUGGAAUUUAACCAACCCAGGGAGCAAAAACUGCUGCAAAAAGAAAAAGAAAAAAGGAAAGGGACAGGCGCUUAUUUAUUGAAUUUAUAUACCGCUCAGGACUCCCUAGUAAUUGCACAAGAAGUGUGUGGCUGGCUCAGGCCAGAGGCCAGUUGAAUCUACCUUUGUGUUCCCCUGACAGAGCAGGGUGCCCGCCGCCGGCUUUUCGGAGAGGCUUCUCGCCCCAGAGCGGAUAUGCAGCCAUCGCAAUAGCAGCCGCUGACACCACCUGUCCACGGAUUGCUCUAACCUCCUUUAAAAGCGACUCACACGGGGGGCCAUCGCUGCAUCUUCUGCUAGCAAACUCCCUUAUUGAAUGACGUGUCGUGGAAAAAGGUCCCUUUGGUUUGCCCUGAACACCCGCUCAAACCGCUCAGCUUCUUUCCGGGACCCCGGCUGCUUCUCGUGCCGGGAGACGGGGGGAGAAAUGUCUCCCUGCCCACCUGGUUGGUGCCAUGCCGAAGUCCUUGCGCCUCUGCCGUGCCCCCUUCGCUCGCCCUUCUUGCAGCCCAGCAGCCCAGGAUGCUGUUCGCUUUCCUCAUGAGAGGGAGACGCUCCAGGCCGCCCUGUCCCAGCGCCAGAAUAUCCUUUUUAGUGGCGAUGGGAAACACGCAGCCUUCCGUGCAGAGCCGCACCUUAAGUUGGUUUUCGAUCCCUAACGAACCUGAGCACAUAAUCCGCAUUUUUUUCACGGCCGCUGCAGCUGGCCGGCAUUUGCACUGAGUGCUGCCCUGAAGCCCCAAGAAUGCAUCGACGCUGGACCAGCCCUCCGCAGCGUAUCGCGCGGCUGUUGCGUCUUCCCUCUCUUCACAGAUUUCUUUUUGUCUUAAGAGAGGAAGACGGAGGAAACUGGGAAAACCUGGGUGGGUUAUAAAACCCAGUUCUUGAGGCCGGCUCCGGCUAACCGGAAGCACCGUAUUGCAAGAAAACCCAUUACGGAGUCGAGCGCUCUCGGUGGCAGUUUAAUGCAGACCAUGCAUUGAUGGUGCAUUCACUGGACUGGAAUAGCUCAACUCCCUUUUCACGGCCGAAUCUUAAAUAUGUGCACACACAUAUAUCCAAGCUAUUUUCUUACGCAUCGGGAGCAGGUUGCCUUUGACUGAAUUUGUGCUCUUGAACUUUUAUUGUAUGGAUAUAAAUUAUCGUUUGUACUGUUGUACCAUGUUUUUGUAUCUGUGCCCUUCCCUUGUUGCGGAAAUGUGGAGAAUGAACCGUAGAAAGUGGGGGCUUGUCGGAGUUGAGUGUCUUGUCAGAAUUAAACAUGUGUUGCUUUUAUUCAA